UCAGGAACCAGAUCUACAUUCCUGCUUUGCUGCUAUUCAUUCAUUCAUUCACUCACUCAUCAAAUAUUUAAUGGGAGCCGACUCUUAAGUUUAGGAGAAACUGUAUUAGAUGCUGGGAGCACCUACCUGCUCUUUAUCUUUGUGAACCCGUGUGGCUUAACUUUUCCACGUCGCUGAUCUUGGUUAGACUAGAUGGCUACAGUUUAUUUCAAACCUGAAAUGCUAAGGUUUAUGACAGCCUCUUGGAGGGAGAAGCUGACCAGGCAACCUUGGGGCUUGAGGACUUACCUUCCUCUCAGAGGAUUAGCUCUUGUCCUGAUUUCAAAAUAACUCCGUAUACCCAAUUUUUAAACCUUUUGGUCAGCCUCUUAUCUGUAUUUGGGUCAUCUUGACAAAGCCCAAGUGUAGCAAUUUCUGCUCAGAAGACGUUAAGAGGCGGAAGUCGUCGUCUGGAAAAAGGUGUACAACUUGCGUCAGUACAGCUAGAGAGCUGUUCCCAGGGAGCAGCCUCCGGCGCCGUCGCACCGGCCUUCCGCCCAGUAACACUUCUCCUGCCCUGGCUGGUGCGUCGCUUGGAGGAUCCUUUGCUCUUCGGGUCUAAUAAGGCUCGUAAAAGGAUUGCUCGUCAGGGACCAGGAGUGAUCAGCUUCCUGGGGCGGGAAGAACUGUCCUUGCCUCCCAGUUUUCCCAGUGGGUACCAAGGUAACAAGUUUCUUGUUAUCUGGCUUCGAAAUUGCAAUAAGUAAAGAGCAUUUUUGCUUGCAGCCAAGGUACAUUUUUUUUUCCAAAGGGGGAGAAUGGAUUUCUGUAACAAUGAGAGGAGGAAAGAGCGGGAGAGAAAUAUUUGAAUACAGAAAGUUACAACCCUGGGAAGCCUUCUGGUAACUACGGAAAUGAGCAGCUGGACUCCUCCGCCAAGGCCAAUCUGUUGUUUCCAGUCAAUGAAACAGAGUUAGAGGUUCCUUCCUAAACGGGCCGGCAAGUUUAGCCCCUCCCACGAGCCGGAGGGUCUGUUAUAUCUCUGUUCCUUGAGUACCUCUCUCACUGAGACCGACCACAGCAAGCAGAGGCGGAAAAAAAAAAGAGCAAAGAGGAAGAACACAAAAGCUGCCAGUUAUGGAAGAUGUAAAGGAGUCUAGUCUGAAGAGAUUUUGUUCCAGAAAUAUAGUUAUCAUCCUUGGCUUCUCCUGUCUCAUGGCUGUGAUUGCUUUGAUCACUGUGGGGCUUACCCAGAACCAACCAUCGCCACACAAUGUUAAGUAUGGGGUUGUGCUGGAUGCAGGCUCUUCUCAUACGACUGUGUACAUCUAUAUGUGGCCGGCAGAAAAGGAGAAUGACACAGGGGUGGUGAGUCAGAUAGGAGAGUGCACGGUGCAAGGUCCUGGAAUCUCAAAAUUUGCUAAUAAAGUAAGUGAGUUAAGCAAUUAUCUGCCUGAAUGCAUGCAAAAAGCCAAGGAAAUGAUUCCAGUGGCCCAGCACCAACAGACACCUGUUUACCUGGGAGCUACAGCAGGCAUGCGGUUGCUCAGACUUGAAAAUGAAAACUUGGCCGACGAUGUCCUGGAGGAGGUGACAGAGAGCCUCAGAAGCUUCCCCUUUGACUUCCAGGGUGCCAGAAUCAUCUCUGGAAAAGAGGAAGGUGCCUAUGGCUGGAUUACUAUCAACUACCUGAUGGGGAAAUUCACGAAGAAACUGAGAUGGCUCUACCCGUUGGGAAAUGAAAGCAAUAGUCAGGAAACGUAUGGCGCUUUGGACCUUGGGGGAGCCUCUACACAAAUCACUUUUGUGCCCGGAAACCAGACAAUUGAGUCUCCAGAGAAUGCUCUGUACUUUCGUCUGUAUGGCAAGGACUACAAUGUGUACACAAACAGCUUCUUGUGCUACGGGAAGGAUCAAGCGCUCUUGAAGAAACUAAUCAAGGACACCCAGGUUUCAAACGGAACCAUCUAUGACCCAUGUUUCAACCUUGGGUACAGCAGGGUAAUGAACAUAAGUGACCUUACCAACAGCCCCUGCACCAAGACAUAUAAGACGACUCUUCCAUUCCUUCAGUUGAAAAUCCACGGCACUGGAAACUAUCAGCAAUGCCAGGAAAGUGUCUUUAGACUCUUCGAUAAUAGUGACUGUCCUUACUCCCACUGUGCCUUCAAUAAAGUUUUCUUGCCACAACCUCAAGGACAAUUUGGGGCAUUUUCAGCUUAUUACUAUGUGAUGGAUUUUUUAAAUCUCACAUCAGAGGAACACCUCUCUCAGGAAGAUAUAAUUGACAGGAUGGAAAAUUUCUGCUCUCGGUCUUGGAAAGAUCUGAAGACACAGUUUGGUGAUGUGAAGGAGAAGUACCUGAGUGAAUACUGCUUUUCUGGAACCUACAUUAUCACUCUCCUUUUUGGGGGCUAUCAUUUCACACCUGAUUCCUGGAAGGAUAUUCAUUUCAUGGAGGAGAUCCGGCACACUGACGUGGGAUGGACUUUGGGCUAUAUGCUGAACCUGACCAACAUGAUCCCAGCUGAGCAGCCGGUGUCCAAACCUCUCUCCCAUUCCACUUAUGUCUCCCUCAUGGUCCUCUUCUCCCUGAUCCUGGUCGCAGCAGUUUUCAUAGGCUUGAUCAUCUUUCACAAGCCUUCAUAUUUCCAGAAAGACAGGGUAUAGCAGGAGCAGCUGAAAUCUGCUGGCUGGAAUGAGGGGAAAAAAACUUGACCAGGGAGCACUUUCCUCUGCAGUGGUGUCCAAGGUCACCCUUCCUUGCUCACUAAGGCCAGUUUUGACCUGUAUGAAGCUUCUCUGGCUUUGCUGAAGUCUUUCCUUGGAAAGUAUUCACCACCUUCUGCCUCAAGGACUUCCUGAUGGACACUGUCUCUUUUGUGAGUCUUUCCCAAACCUUCUCCUCCCUUUUCUUUUAUGUGCUCUGUGUUCGUGUAGGUCUUAAAAACCUGCCAUCUUUCAUGAUCAUUGCUUUAGAAAAGAAUUAUAUUGGUUUUAUCCAGAAGGAGAGAGUCCUGAAUCCUGUGCUGAGAACUUGUGCUGGCUAAAAGAAGAAUCUCACUGCAAUCUUACAGACCCUUUUACUCUCAUUUUGCAUUUAUUAAGAAAGCCAUACAAUGCCUUUGGAGAGGGCAGACACACAUCCCAUUCCCAGUCUGCCCUUUGCAUGGGAGAAUUUUCCAAUAGGCAAAUAUGUCCUAGGACCAAAGAGUCUUGUAAGGGAAUUUAUGUGCUUGUGCAGUUAAUAUUCAAUCGAAUCCAAAACAGGGAUGUGGAUGAAUCACAUAUUCUUGGGUGAUGCCAAAAUGCUACAGAAUGAAACAUUGACACCAGAGAUUUUUGAAAAGCUGAUGUACAUAUAGGCAUUCAGAUACCAGGACAUAUACUACAUGGUGGAUGUGUACAUGUCAGGAAGGAAAAUAUAGUUACAAUGGAGGGCUGAGAAAUGCACCCUGGAGUAUUGUUUUUACUGUAGUAAAAUACACAUAAUUCACCAUUUUAACAGGUACAAUUCAGCAGCACUGCAUUUACAGUGUUGUGCAAUCAUCUCCACUAUCUAAUUCCAGAAUAUUUUCAUCACCAAAAAUUGGCUGGAGACAAGACCACUCCUGGGUAGGUCAGAGCACCAACCUUUCAGUUAAUAGGCAAUAUACUAGUCAACUGCACCAAAAAGAUGCUAUUGAGUUUAAAGCCAUGCCAUAUCUGUUUUCCCAGUGUUUACUUUAGCGAGAGAGCUGCGUUAGUGCAGCAUGACAUGCCUUUUUGCUGUCACGGUAUUUACACAUCAAAAUGUGCCAGGAACCAGAUCUGUAAGUGAAGAUGCCACUUCUGUCAUACAAGUAGGAGUUGUAUUUACUUAUUCCAUGUUAUAUUUUGUGGGAGAAGCAGCAGUACGGACCUUGUCACGGAAAUAUGCAGAGACUCUGUGCCUUUCUUUAAGGAUUGGUGAGAGUUACUUUUUUAGCCGGAUGGGGUGGUGAAGUGCUACUCUGAACUUUCCCCAGGAGUGACUAUUGAGCUGAUGUGGGGUGGAUUUAGUGAGGAGAGGGGGGCGCAGGGGAGGGGGGAGGAAAAGCUCGCCCACAAACUAGAAGCCAAAUAUCCCUACAUCUCUUGAGUAAUCAAGUCAUUUUUUUACAGUAUCCAGCUGAAUAUAAGUGUUGUACCUUGAUCAGGAAUAAGAAGUCAAAUUAGGGCAUGUUUAACCUCUUUCUAGUAGUAGUAACUAUAUUGUUAUAGCUAGUAUUUAUUGAGCAUUUGUUAUCUACUAUGCUCUGUGUCCAGGCGCAUUACAUUAACUUUCUCAUUUAAUCUUCACAAAAAUUUGAAGGUAGGUACUACCAUUCCACUUCAUAGAAACAGCAAGUGAGACUCAGAGAUGCUAAGUCACUUGCUCAAAUGAUUGAGGCAAAGUCUGGCAUGCACUUUAUCAUUAUUUUCUCUCCCAUAUAUACUACUAGACAGUCUCAUAACUUCAAAGCAUGUGCUUAACUCUCUGCAUGAGUACAGGGCUUAUAGGCAUGGUAGAAAGGGAAGUACACAGAAGACCUGUUUCCUGAUGGAUUUGGGAUUUAAUAUUGCUUUAAGCCCACAAAGGCGCUCAUGGCAGCACUGAUACUCUGUUCAUGUACUUUUCACGUACUUUGCAUGGUAACAUAUGUGACGUAUGAUGCUUAUCAAUGAUUCCCAUACUCCUGGCUUCUUAAUUAUAUUGCUUGCUCACUGCACAGCAGUUCAGAAUCAAAUAAAUAGUAAUUGAUGAUAAUAUUUAAAAUAAAAGGUCAUAAAAAUAGA